AUGAGCAAUGAUAGCCUGGAAUCCUGGUCCACUUUGAAUGCUUCAUGGGAAGAUAUUGGAGCAGAAAAUGGAACUGACCUAUCCCCCAAGGAUGGUUUUGAUUAUGAAUUAUCACCAUAUCUUAUAGCAAACAUUCUUAUCUCCGUCUCCAUUUUACUUUUUAGUAUUUUUGGAGUUAUGGGGAAUGGAACUGUCACCUGGUUUCUUGUUUUUUGCAUGAGGAGGAAUCCUUUCACCAUUUUCAUACUCCAUCUGGCUGUUGCUGACCUUGGGGCUCUCAUGUCUUUAUCUUCUUUUUUGAUCAUGAAAGUUCUGAGUUCAUUUUCAGACACAAUUACCAAUCUUCAUUUGUUAUCAGUUUUCGAGUGUUCAUUUUUCUUCAUGUACAACACUGGUCAAUAUCUGUUGACAGCCAUUAGCAUGGACAGGUGUGUUUCUGUCGUCUUCCCCCUUUGGCAUCGAUGCCACCAACCACCACACUUUUCCACCCUUGUGUGUGCUUCGAUAUGGAUCAUUUCUUUCCUGCUCACUGUAAAUGGCAUGGUUCUUUUGAUUUUUACAGUUACAAGGUAUCCCUUUUUCUACCUGCUUCUAGUAAAUGCUAUGCUUUGCCUCCCACUCAUGACUGUUUCAACUCUGGUCCUGUUUAUAAAAGUUUACUUUAGAUCAAAACAGAGGAAGAAGGGAAAAGCUUUAACAGCCAUUCUACUUGCCCUCCUCUUCUUCCUCUUCUUAGCUUUCCCAUUAACUUGCGUUUUAUUAAUCUGUUUUUUCACUCCACUUAUAAAUAAUAAUGUAGAAUCUGUGACAAUAUCUGUUGCAUUAUUAUGCAGCUGCCUGAAUUGUAGUAUUAAUCCACUGAUUUAUUUCCUGAUUGGGAGAAACAAGAGGGCUCGAUCUAGGGAGAGCAUGAAGGUCAUACUCAGGAGACUUUUCAAAGAGGAGGAAAACUGCAGAGAGAAGCGAGAAGUUCCAGUUCAAACCCGGAUGUGAAGACUUCAAAAUAGCUCAGAAAGCUUCAUUUCUAUCGCUUGGUGUUUUUCUUGGUACUUGUUUUCCUCUCUACUCACUAUUAUUUUUAAUUUUUUAAAUUCAUUUACUCCGUUAAUUUUUGUCCUCAUUUUAGCAGUAUCGUUAAAAGCCCCUUAGAUUGCCUAUU